AUGGAGAACAACCUUACUUCUACCUUAAACGGUCUGAAUUCUACUUUACAAGCUCUCGUCUCACAGAUUGGAUCACUGAACAACUCCAACAACCAACCUUCAAGCUCUAGUGGAAUUCCUUCUCAACCUUUACCCAACCCCAAGGGAAGCAUCAAUGCCAUCACUUUGAGGUCCGGAAUCACAUCGCAAGAGAGGAAUCAUGAGGGGCCAAGUCCACAAGAACACGCCUUAGUUGAGGACAUGGUUGAAGUGGAGGAUGUUAAAGAGGAAGAUAAAGUACAGGACAUGGUUGAAAAAGAAGCAACUCAACCAGAGAGUGGCGCACCAGAAAAAUCUAAAGCUCCCAGAGACACCAUCCCUAUCCCAUUUCCACACCUUGCACGAAAGCCUAAAAAGCAGAUGAAACUUGACCCAAAAAUGGGGCUCACAUUUUCCAUUGACUUCUAUAUCUUGGAGAUGCCCCAAAAUGACUCAGGAAGACUGUCAUCCAUCUUGCUCGGAAGACCAUUCCUGAAGACCUCAAAGUUCAAGUUGGAUGCAUUCUUAGGAACUUAUUCUUUUGAGAUAGACGGCCGAGCAGUGAGCUUCAAUCUGAAUGAGGCUAUGAAGCAUCCUCCAGAAGACCAUUCCAUCUUCCAGUGCGACGUCAUUGAUGAGACUAUAGCUGCAGUUCACCAGGAGGAAGUCGAGGAGAGGCACAUAGAGCAAGGUGUAAGUGUGGGGACACCUCCUGGACAAGACGGAGACACAUUACAACAGUCACUAGCUCCAGAUGAUCAAGUGCCUAGCCAUGAACAGAGAUUAGAGUUAAAACCCAUUCCACCCUACCUCAAGUAUGCUUACCUUGAGGAUAACCAGAAGCUCCCUGUUAUCAUUGCAAGGGAACUCACUUCCCAACAAGAGGAAAAACUGCUUAGUGUGCUAAGAAGACACAAGAAAGUAAUUGGGUGGAGCUUGGCAGAUAUAGUAGGCAUCAGCCCUCAAAAGGAUGUUGAGUUCGAGCUGAGUGAAGACUGCAUGGAAGCAUUUGAUAAGCUGAAGAUCGCCAUGACUCAAGCUCCAAUUAUGAGAGGACCAGAUUGGAGCCAGCCCUUUGAGAUUAUGUGUGAUGCCUCCAACCAUGCUGUAGGAGCGGCGCUGGACCAGCGAGAAGCCAUUCCUACCCGUACUGAUGAUUCUAACACUAUUGUCUCCUUUGUUAGAAACCAUAUUAUCUGUCGCUUUGGAUCACCACGAGCAUUCAUGAGUGAUCAAGGCACUCACUUUUGUAAUAGGAGAUUAGCAGGACUACUGAAGAAGCAUGGGAUUGUCCACAAGGUAGCAACUGCCUACCACUCGCAGACUAACGGACAAGUAGAGAUGUCUAACAGAGAGAUAAAGCAUAUCAUGGAGAAGAUAGUCAAGCCUUAUAGGAAGGACUGGAGCACUAGGCUACAAGAUGCGCUUUGGGCAUAUCGGACAGCAUACAAGACACCAAUCGGGAUGAGCCCCUUCCGCCUAGUGUACGAAAAGGCUUGCCACCUCCCUGUGGAGGUGGAACACAAGGCAUUCUGGGCAGUGAGAGAAAUCAACAUGGGAUUUGAGAAGGCCGGAGCUGAAAGGAAGAUUCAACUACAAGAAUUAGAGAACCUUCGCCUAGAAGCAUAUGAUAACUCCAGGCUAUACAAAGAAAAGAUGAAGGCUGUGCAUGACAAGCACAUUAAAAGGAGAGAGUUCAGACCUGGGAAAUUAGUUCUCCUUUACAACUCAAGGCUGAGGCUCAUGCCAGGCAAGCUGAGAUCAAGGUGGGAAAGACCCUACAGAGUAGGGAAGGAAGAGCCAUAUGGAGUCUUCCACCUGAGCCAUCCUUCAAGUUCCAAUCUCAUCAAAGUCAAUGGACAUCGCUUAAAGCUGUAUCAUGGUGAGAAGAUGAAGAAAAAUAAAGAGCUAGAGGUUUUCCUCUUGGAGGACCCGCCAACAGAAGCAGAUUAA